GAUCUCCUCCUUGGUUCAUUUCUCAGAUCGCUGAAAACCAAACCAAAAAAAAACAAGAAACAAUGUCGUAUUUCUCACGUGGUGGCGGAGAUCACGUCGACGACUUCGACGAGUACGAUCCGACGCCGUAUGGCGGCGGAUACGACAUCGUGCUCACUUACGGCCGGCCUCUCCCGCCGUCCGAUGAGACCUGCUAUUCUCCCUCGUCCACGCCGACCGAUGACUUCGAUUACGAUCGCCCCCAGUACACGUCCUAUGCCGAGCCCGCGGCCUACGCCGACGAGGCCCUCGACACUGAGUACAGCAGCUACGCCCGACCCAAGCCUCGACCCGGACGCCCCUCUCCCGGAGAAGGUGGCUACGAAGCGAGGCCUGAAGCGGGUUAUGGGUUUCCUCCGACUUCUGGAGUGAACAGGCCCGGGCAUGGUGGAGCGCAGUAUGGAUCGGAGAGACCCGAAUCGGAGUACAAAUCUGGGUAUGGCCGGCAGAGCGAGCAUGAGCAGCGACCCGGGUCGGAAUAUGGAUCUGGAUAUGGCCGGAAGAGUGAGUAUGAGCAAGAACCUGGUUCGGAGUACGGAGCUGGAUACGGGCGGAAGAGCGAGGAUGAGCAGACCGGGUCGGAAUAUGCAUCUGGGUAUGGUCGGAAGAGCGAGUAUGAACAGACCGGAUCGGAAUAUGGAUCUGGGUAUGGUCGAAAGAGUGAGUCUGAGCAGCAACCUGUAUCGGAAUACGGAUCUGGGUACGGGCGGAAGAGCGAGCAUGAAUCAGAAUACGGUACCGGGCAUGGCCGGAAGACUGAGUAUGAGCAGCAAACCGAACCGGAGUAUGGAUCCGGUUACGGGCGGAAGAGCGAGACUGAAGAGACCGAACCGGAAUAUGGAUCCGGGUAUGGCAGGAAGACCGAAUAUAAGGCUCCGGAAUCUGAGUACGGAUCAGGCUAUGGUCGGAAAACCGAGUAUGAGGCACCCGGGUCGGAGUACGUAUCUGGGUACGGGCGGAAGCCUGGUUAUGGAGAGGAAGAGGGUGGUGGUGGGUAUGGUUAUGGAGGGAGGAGUGAGAGGCCGAGCUACGGGGAUGAACCACCUCCGAGGCCGAGCUACGGGGACGAGCCACCUCCAAGGCCGAGCUACGGGGACGAGCCACCUCCAAGGCCCAGCUACGGGGAUGAGCCACCUCCAAGGCGGCCCAGCUACGGGGACGAGCCACCUCCGAGACCCAGCUAUGGAGAAGAGCCACCUCGAAGGCCCAGCUAUGGGCGGUCCGAGGAGGAGAGCUAUGAGAGGCCCAAGUAUGAGAGGCGUGAUGAUGAUGAGGAUGAGGGUGAGAGGCGCAAGUAUGGAUAUGGUGAAGAGGGAGAAGAGGGCUAUGGGCGCAAGAAACAUGGAGAUGAUGAUGAUGGCUCUGAUGAUGAUGAUGAGGAGAAGCGCCGUUCUAAGCACCACCACCACCACCACCGCAAGAGCUAUGAUGAUGAGUGAUUGCAUUGCAGGUUGCCUUGUGAAUGUGAUUCCUGCCCUAAUGAUCUACUAAAUAAAGGGUGGCGUGACUUCCUUUUGAGUCUUUUAAGUGGUGUGUUGCACUGGUGCAAGUCUUUGAGUAUUCUAAACUCUAGACUAUUUGGCUGUAUAACUCUCGAGUAUGUCUGUGUGUGCGCUUCUAAAUAAAAUCCCAGAUAGUUGGGCUGGUGUGUUUUAUCAUAA